UUUCUAUCCCCUCUCUCUCUCUCUUUCUCUUUCUCUCUCUCUCUCUCUCUCUCUCUCUCAUUCAGUUUCAGAGUUUGUUGAGCGAAAGGUGGAGUAGAACCCAGGCAAUCCUCUCAUCCAAGCAAAGUCCUAGGGUUAGGUUAGGGUUUCUUCGAAAGUCCAUCCCUUUUCGACUCCUGAGUUAUUCGAUCACACCUCCAUCGUCUCCGCCUCGUUUUCACUGUCCGAUCCACCCAUCUUUUGCAAAAUAUGGUGAUGAUCUCUCGCAGAAACUUUGAUUCCCAUAUUUUCACAUCAAAAUCCUUCCCGAUCCUCCUCUUUCCGAUUUGUUGUGGGAAUUCUAGGUUUUCUCUUUCAAUCCUGUAAUUAUUUUACAAUUUUAGACACAAAAUUAGGGUUUUCUUUGAGGUUUGUAGAUGGCGAAUUAAGAUGACGUGAAUUGUGUAUGUAUAUAUUUUGCUCCGGGUAGCUAAGUUCUUGUUCAAGAAUUGGGUACAGCUCUGGUUGUUUGUGUGUUUGCUGGGAUUGUAUUGAGGCUAUGUAUAUUGAGGAAUUGAAGGUAGGGGAGGUGGGAAGUGGGGAAGAAGGGAAUUCGUGUGGUAGUGAUGGUGAUUUUGGUGGCAGAAGCGUCGUUGUUGCGGAUGCAAAGCGGGUUUUGAUCGGAGCUGGGGCUCGCGCGCUAUUCUACCCCACUCUGCUGUACAAUGUUGUUAGGAAUAAGAUGCAGGCCGAGUUCAGGUGGUGGGAUAAAGUCGCUGAGUUUAUACUGUUAGGUGCUGUUCCAUUCCCUACUGAUGUUCCCCGCCUGAAGGAUCUUGGUGUUUGCGGAGUAGUCACACUAAAUGAGCCCUAUGAGACUUUGGUUUCAACAUCUCUAUAUCAUGCUCAUGGCAUUGACCAUCUUGUGAUACCUACAAGAGACUACUGCUUUGCCCCAUCCUUGGAUAAUAUACACCGGGCUGUAAGCUUCAUUCAUGAGAAUGCAUCUUGUGGAAGAUCUACAUAUGUUCACUGCAAAGCUGGACGGGGCCGCAGCACAACCGUUGUAUUAUGUUACCUGGUACAUCACAAGCAGAUGACACCUGAUGCUGCAUAUGAUUAUGUGAGAUCCAUCAGGCCGAGGGUGCUUUUAGCUUCAUCCCAGUGGCAGGCUGUCCAGGAAUACUACCAUCUCAUGGUUAAAAAAGCUGUCAUAUACAAUCACAUGACUGAUAUAAUAAUGAAAGCCCCAGGAUCAGCAGCCUCACAAGAUCUCGUUGCUUUUGAUGAUGGAUCUGUAGUUGUUGUAACAGAAUCGGAUCUUGAAGGGUAUGACUCAAGUCUUGAUUCUGGGAUAUGGGCAGAUUUAAGUGUGGUCUACGGGGUACGAGUUGCUGGUAAGGCAGCUCUGGCAAGAAUCUCAUGCCUAUGGUUUCGCUGCGGCGCGCACCAGAGGAUUUCAAGGGAUCAGAAGCUGCGCAGCGACAGCAGCUGCUCAAUCAGGGCUGAUCAUCUGGGAGGAAUUAGUGUGGACAUCCACAUCUACUGAGAAAUGCCUCCGAAGUUGCAUAGAAGAUGUUUGAUAAGUUUCUCUCCUUUCACGUACAGAAAAAAAAAGCAAAUAAUGUUUGCAUUAGGCAGAUUUGAAGCUUUGGUUUAAACCACACCCCCCCCCCCCCCAAAACCCCCCUUGUAAAUUGAGUUACUUUUUUCUUCAAUCAAAUUGUAAGAAAGAUGAGCAUUAUGAAUCGACCAAAUAAUUUUAGCACUGUGAAGUGCCUCCAAAAA